UCCGACGUCUGCGCGAGUGCGGAGGGCCGGCUGUUUGGGGGAGGCGCUGGGAGCUAGGAAGCCGAUGCGGGCGAGCGGGGCAGGGGAUGGCUUCGGCUGGAGGCGGCGACUGCGAGGGCGCCGCGCCCGAGGCGGACCGUCCUCACCAGCGGCCCUUCCUCAUCGGGGUGAGCGGCGGCACCGCGAGCGGGAAGUCCACUGUGUGUGAAAAGAUCAUGGAGCUGCUGGGACAGAACGAAGUAGACCACCGGCAGCGGAAGUUGGUCAUCCUGAGCCAAGACAGGUUCUAUAAGGUCCUGACCCCAGAACAGAAGGCCAAGGCCCUGAAGGGACAGUACAAUUUUGACCACCCAGAUGCUUUUGAUAAUGAUUUGAUGCACAGGACUCUGAAGAACAUCGUGGAGGGCAGAACCGUCGAGGUCCCAACCUAUGAUUUUGUGAGCCACUCAAGGUUGCCGGAGACCACGGUGGUCUACCCUGCAGACGUGGUCCUGUUUGAGGGCAUCUUGGUGUUCUACAGCCAGGAGAUCCGGGACAUGUUCCACCUGCGCCUCUUUGUGGACACCGACUCCGAUGUCAGGCUGUCGAGAAGAGUUCUCCGGGACGUGCACCGUGGCAGGGACCUGGAGCAGAUCCUGACCCAGUACACCACCUUCGUCAAGCCAGCCUUCGAGGAGUUCUGCCUCCCGACGAAGAAGUAUGCUGAUGUGAUAAUCCCACGAGGGGUAGACAAUAUGGUUGCCAUCAACCUGAUUGUGCAGCACAUCCAGGACAUUCUGAACGGUGACAUCUGCAAAUGGCACCGCGGAGGGCCCAACGGGCGGAGCUACAAGAGGACGUUUCCUGAGCCAGGGGACCACCCCCGGGUGCUGACCUCUGGCAAACGGUCACACUUGGAGUCCAGCAGCAGACCCCACUGAGGAGUGGGGCGUCUGCCUCCCAGGCAGGUCCCCCCCAGACACGAGUUCUGGGUCUGGGCCUGGAGAUGCCCGCCUGACCCUAAAAACGCAGCCACCGCCUCGCUCAGCAUCCAGUACGACAGGGUGGCGGUAGGAUCAAGGCGUCCCUCACUAACGUGGGGAUACUGGACGUGUCGUUCAGACUCC